AUGGGAGAGAUUUUCAGGGCUUCUCCGUUCCCAAGUCCCACCCAUGCGUCCGGAGAAGGUAUUGACGGGCCUGUCAUUCUCGAACAACAAAUCCAGCCCAUUUCGAUCUUUCCUUCUGGCAAGGACGACGCCCAAAUUUUGAGCACAAGCCUGCCAAACCAUUCUACAUACCCAGCUAUCGACCCUCCCUGGCAAGAGGACAUCACCGCCUUAAAGAAGCAAGUAAAUGAUCUCAGUGCCCGCAUAUCGCACUUGCAGCCUGGAGGAAAUCCUACACUCCAGACUCUCACGGCUGUGACCAACGACAAUAACUCCGUCCAGCAAGAUGUCAAUACCAAUCCCCCUAAUCGUCCUUUGGAACCUACUCAAGCUCCUUCGAGCUCAGAUCCCACCACCAGCUCGUUUCGCCAGAACCAUCUCACAGCCAGGAUCUCCAUCCGCAUCGCAUGCCUCUUCAUCCUGGUGAUCCUACUCCUCCAGACAUUCUACGCGCACUACACCAACUUACGCGACUCCCGCUUCUGGUGGAGUGCAGCCUACGAUUGGUGCUUCGCCACUGACGCGUGCAACACGAAAGUGGGCACGCCGUUGAAGGAGGGUUACGACGUCGGCUUGGCGUCCAUUUCAGCUUUCUGGGGUGUGGUUGAAAUGGCGUGGUUCCAUUGUCUCGACACCAUCACGCCAUGGUGGAUCUGGAUUCAAGGGGUAGAACACAUUCUGCUGGUUUGCUGUAUUCGGAUGUUGGCUGUCAGGUGGCCGAAAAAAACGUCGGAAAAUAGUUCAGUGAGAGAUUGGCAAUCCCCACUUCGAGUCGUUUCGCAAUGAAUAAAGCUAGUUUCCAAGUUUCAGAACCUCGAUCGUCUUGGGUCGAGGACCUCAACGUUUCAACAAGUAGAGGGUUACAGUCACCUCGCUGCGGUUCUAGAUUACAGAAAUUGGUAGCUGAUGUCAGAUCAUAUGUUCUCUGCCACUCCCAUUGUCAAUGUCUAGUUAGUCCCACUGUAUGCCAGCUUAUACAUACUACGUUGAGCUC